CGUAAGAUUUUCACAGUUCGUCCGGGUGUGCCGAAGCUAAGAAAAAUAUCGCUUUUGCUUUUCGUGGAACUACUGUGUACAGGCAGUGGGUUCUUUAUCCGGACUUCAAUAUGUGUUAUUAUGCUUAAAAUAUAUUUAUUAGUGUGAAUUAAGAUUGUCGAUCAGAAGUUUGCAAAGUGAAGAUUAUUUUAAAAACUGCAUUGCUACGAGCGAAUUUUGAGAUCAAUUUGUAUUGUCAAAAAGUGGCAUUCUCAUUAAAUAUUGCUUUGCAGUUUAGUGAAUCUUGGUGAUAAGUAAGGGAAAGUGAUCAGUUCUUACUAUCAGUUUAUUAUAGAAUUUUGUUUCAUUUCAUUUUUAAUUUUUCUUUAUUGUGCACUGCUGUGACCUUUUAUUCAGUCUGGUCUUGAAACGUUACAGUUUUUUAUCAAUAAACUCAUUAGCCUCACAUCUCUUUUCAGGAAUGUUAAAUUUGUAACUAUAUAAUUACAGUAUUUUCCAGUAGGUAUUUAUGAUUCAUUUUCUUACAUUAAUUAUUUGUAAGGAUAUGAAGCAGGUUUUUCAUUUAGUCAGAAAUUAUCUGAUGGACUAAAUUUAUAUCGAUUUUACAUGAAUAUGUAAAGGGAAAUUGACUGAAACUUAAGGCUGUAGCAUAUACAUAAAGAAUGGAAGAAAACAAACAAGAAAAAUCUGAAACUCAACCUGAGUCGCUUGUUAGUAGGAUAUGUGGAGCCGCAGCGCUUGAAAGGAAGCACAGCAGUGGAGAUCUGCAAAGCCGCCUGAAAACACGUAAGAUUCUUGGUGUAGGCGAAACAGAUAAUGGAGAUGUUCACAGAUCAAAGAUCAGUCAAGUUCUCGGCCACAAUGAGCAUCUCUUUGUGAGAUUUCCACGAUGCUAUUGGUUAUGGCACCUUGCUAUGGCCGUUGUGUUUACAGCAGCUGGCUUUAUGAAUCUUUUCACUCCAACAUCGGAACAGGGUGCCUCAGAAAAAGGCGAAGAUAGAAGUUCCCUGCAGAUGAUGACCAAUUUUUACGGAUCAGUAUUACUAGGAUUUGCUUUCCUGCUGUGGAGUUUCUUUGGAACAACAGAUAAAUCCCUAGCACGAAGUCUCAUGUCAGCAAUAGUGGUAGCUGAACUUGCACAAGUAUUUGCUGUUCUGAACUUCGCAUUCCAGAGCAAUACAUGGGACAAUAACAUACGCACUGACAUCUCAAUACGAAUAUUCCUACUGCUAGGCAGUGCCUAUUUCUUCUGGGCAAUUGGUUCUAGUCGUGCUGGAUUGCGUAAAUCUCUUUCUAAUAGAGAUCUUUCACAGCCUACACCAGAUGAUCAGCACUCUAGUCCAUCGAGUCCAUCUGCAAAACGACCAACAUCAGAAGAUAAAAAGAAUGAGUAGCAUUUCCAAAAUCCACAAUUUAUUGUGAAACAGCUUCCAAAAUAGAAGCUUUUGAUUCUCUUUUCCAUUAAAAGAACACUGAUGUUAUUCCUUCUUAGAGGAUAUUCAUUGUUUUCUAUAAAUAAAUAACAGAAAGUUGUAUGCAUACUUAAUGAUAUUAAUAAAAUAAAUCUUGACCAGGUCACA